AUGAAGAGGUUACGAGUGUCACAAUGGUCCAGCAAGCAGCUGCUGCAAGCCAGCUCAAGAGCUUCCUCUGCACCCAUCAGCAUAGCCAGUAGACAGCCGUUCCUCCAAUCCUUGCGAUGCCAAUCAUCUGCUGCCAUUGCGCCGGAACACCUCGCAGAUGACCUCGCCGUCGCCGAACACACAAUCCACGCCGCCCCUUCACCACCCCCCGAACGAAGCCUCGAGUCGGCAAAACUAGCUGCCCUACACGCCCGGUUGGCACUGUCUGCCAAGGUUCCGCUACAGACGCUUGCGAGGGCGCUGAUUACCCCCUCGGCGGACACGAAUGGCAGCUUUAACAAUUCGAAUUUGGCGUUCUUGGGGAGCACCAUUAUAAACUACCAUGUGCUCGAGUACCUCGUGUGCAAGUGGCCACGUUUACCGAUGACCAUUUUGUACGAGGCGCUGAGGGCGUAUGCUGGACAGGAGUCGCUGCAGCAAGUUGCGAGGAGAUGGGGUGUCGAGGCUGCGGCGGCUCCGGGCGAGGAGGUCGACCCGGGCCUGCUGCAAUGGAAGGCGGAUGGCGAGCAAUUGGUCAGUACGCGAUGGGGCUAUGUGCGCUCUGAGGUGCGACGGGAUAGUUCCUACAGACGCGGCGUGAGCAGUCGUGUUGUUUUGGACGACGCCUUUGGUGAUGCGUUGAGCAAGAAGGGGCAGGCAGGUGAGCAGGGUUAUCACGCUCUGCAAAACGAGGCGUUUGGUUCGUUUGUCCAGGCUGUUGUGGGAUCGAUUUACACCCACAGCGGCCGGGAAGCAGCCAAGUCGUUCGUCACAUCACAUAUUCUAGCGAGACAGUUUGAUCCGUCGGCGUUGUUUCAGUUCCAGCUGCCUACGCGGGAGCUGGCCAUGCUCUGCGCCAGAGAAGGGUUCGAAGCCCCCGUUGCUCGGUUGGAGAGCGAAACCGGUCGAUUGUCGAGGACGCCUGUUUAUGUGGUCGGUAUUUACAGCGGCAAGGAGAAGCUGGGUGAGGGUGCUGGCCCUAGCUUGGAUAUUGCCAGACGCAAGGCGUCUAUGAACUCGCUGAAGGCGUGGUACUUGUAUAGUCCGGGGAAUAAGGUCCGCGUUCCGAGCGACAUGAUGGAGGAGGGUGCUAAGCCCUGGAAAGCACCGCAUAUUGACAUUGGCGAAAUCAUUUAA